CAGUAAUUUAUGAGCACUAGACAAAGUGGUCAUCAUUGCUCGUCAGUGUUGAGCACCGUCGUCUUGUUUCCUGGCUCCCUGGUUUUGUUUUAUUUGAUCCCGUUAAGAUGAAGCAGCAGCAGCAGCAAAAUUUUGGCGGCGGUAGUAGCCGGACAAACCCUCGAGUACUGCAGUGGGAAAGACCGAAGCCUCUCCUUCCCAUACCACAGAAAAAUUAUGCCAUCUUCAUGUUGGAGAUAAUGGAGAAAUACGGCGAUGCUGUGGCUGUGGUUGAUGCGGAGACCUACAAGCGACGGACAUACCGUGAACUGUGCGGGUUGGUGCCGCGAGUGUCAGCAGGACUAGCUGCUGCUGGUGUUACUAUGGGUGACAUUGUUCUCUUCCUCACACCAACACACAUGGAUUAUCCCUUGGUGUUUCUGUCUAUCGUGCACCGCGGCGCUGUCUGCGUCCCUAUCAACCCCACCCUCACCCUCGAUGAGCUGGUACACGUAUUGAAGGUGAGCCAGGCUCGCUGGGCAGUGGUUCAUGAAGCCUCAGUGACCAUGGCAGAGGAAGCCUUCUCUUGUCUUCCGUCUCACACACUCAAGAAGAUGUGGGUCUUGGGCCACACUAGUCUUGAAAGACCCAACCUGGAGGAUCUCAUGACCUACACUCCAUCGUCACCCAUCACCCAGACUGAGAAUCUUGAUACAAAAAAGAUGGCGUGUUUGAUGCUCUUCUCCUCUGGUACUACAGGUCUGCCGAAGGGCGUCAUGCUGUCUCAUCGCAACAUUAUUGUAUCUAAUCUUCGUUACAUGUGAGUUGCAAGAUCCCAGACAUUGUCUUCA